AUGGAUAAUUGCGGUUCACCGCAUCGGUCAGCUGCUUUGGACAUCAACGAUUUGGAGAAAAUCCACAUUUCUUCGCCGACCGAUUCCGACGACUCUGACAUCGCCAAAUUCUAUCWCACCAAUUCCGAGCCAGAGUUCUUAUCGAGCACCACUUUAUCGGUACAGUACAAGCUCCCACAGCGGAACCACACAAUGGCCCACUCAUCAUCGAAUCGCAGUUCAAUGGAUCGCAUGGCCGCUUUCAACAAAUCCGUUAGGAUGAAGCACGGCACAACCGCGCUUGAUAUAAUCGUUCCAUUGAACCGUGACAUAACCAGACCGUUGAACAAUAGACCGACCACAUCAUUGAAGAGUGAAACGACCCAGCGCAACUUUACUACAUCGUUGAAUAAUGAAACGGUUCAGCAUGACACAACUACGCAGUUUAGAAUUCCAGCGCAGAACGCGUUACCAGCUUCGUCAUUGUAUGUGCCCACGAGUUGGAUGUUCCCGUCUAUGCCAACGUCAGUCACCAUUCCUGCGUCUUAUAAGCCUCAGGUACCAACACUGCUGCAUUCUAAGCUUGAAUCUACUGUUCCAUUACACAGUCCUCCCCCUCUGUAUCUCUCACCAUUACUAUCCAACACUUCUCAAACUUCGACAUUUUCUAAAAUGUCUCAGUUUUCUACAACAYCUUAUCCGACAGCAACUAACACCCCACAGUCUUCCAUGUCAAUUUAUUCAACCCAAACAAAUUUACUGUUCUACAAUUCCAGUUCUUCUUCACUGUCUUACACUCCUCAGUUUUCCACGAUCCCCAAUACAUCUCAAACUUCUAAAUAUCAUAAAAGGACUAAGCACCUCACACCACCCUAUAUUCCGCCAUACUCCUGCCCACCCUACACCACCCAGUCUUCCAUGCCAAUCUACACCUCCCUAUUUUCCUCGCUGACACACACAUCACAAACUUCUGKGACGUCCAAUACAUCUCAAUUUUCUACAUCUUCUAUAAGGUCUCAGUCUUCCACAUCAUCCUAUAAUUCAAGAUAUCUUACUYCGACUGACAGCACUGUGUCUUUUGUAUCAAAAUACUCACCUCAGACCUCCACGAAUUCCAACACGUCUCAAAAUUUUACACAUAUAAGAUCUCAGUCUUCCACACCAUCUUAUGGUUUCCCAUAUUCCACGCCAUCUUGCAGCUCCAAGCCCUCAAUGUCAAUCUACACAUCUCGGCCAUCUACAGAAAUAUACAAUUUAACGACUUCUUCAGUUCGCAUGAACUCGCGGUCCGCUCAUUACAGCGCAUCUCCAACUUAUUCGCAUUACACGUUCCCGCGGUCCUCGCACUACACGAUGCCCGUUUCGGAAACGUACAGUACGAUAACGCCGCAAUCGUCUAUGCAAAACUCGCUGUUCGAGAACGAGCCGUUGAACAAUGUCUGGCCCACAAAAAUCGGUUCCGUGAUGCAGGCCUCGAUGCAAAAUAUCUGUUCGGUGUUAGAAGCCCAAUCGCAAAACUCAUUGCUACCGUCCAAUACCGUACCCUUGCAGAACGCAUCAAAGCCGUCCACCACCACACAAGCRAGUGAGAGCGAUUCGCUGCCAUCCAUUGCCCCACRAGCAAACGAUCAGUGUGUCAAUCUGAAGCCAUCCAAUUCGAUCAUGGCAGCAUCCAAUUCUUCUUCUAGUAACCGCAGCGAACAGUCAGCGGACAAAUKUAUGCCGUUAUACAUACAUGRCAUCGAAAAAAAAGGUAUCUAUUACGACAUUACGCAACAAAAUAUGAAAAAGGCGUGGGAAUAYUUUAGUAAGAUGGAAAUCGUUGAUAUCAAGCCAAAUGGCGAAAUCAAAGAAGACGAUGACGAUGAUGAAAUGAAUGUGUUUAUUAGAUUUGAGAGACAAGUUAGAAGUAAAAUAAAAGACUUUACCGAAUUAACUGUACUCAACAUGACAGACAAAGACUUCAAAAUUUAUUUUUAUUUUACAAGAGAGAAGAUUUUAUACAAUGACCAAGUGGCCAAAACAUUGGAAAUGUUACGUCAUAUGUUUAAUAUGUUGCACAUAUUGAAUGUGGAAACAUUCAAUGCAUUAUGGCAAACUUCUUUUCCAAAUGUUAUCGGAGCUGUUUAUGGCCGAGAUAUUGCCAUAUUAGCACCUUGA